UUCAUGACUUUCCUAAAAAAGUCCCUUCAAUACUCUCCAAUCCUUCUUUCUAUACAUACCCCCACAUCCCCUUCCUCUCCUAUUAAGAUCUUUCAGCUCACCCAAACAAGGGGAGAAAGAAACAACAAAGGGAAACUCUCAUCUUCCAAGCUUUCCCAUCUCCCAAAGACCAUUUCCCCGAGAAAAUACUGUAAUCUUAUAGAGAAAUGUCCGAUGCGUAUUGCUCAGACUGCAAGCGCCAGACGGAGGUGGUUUUCGACCACUCGGCGGGAGACACGGUGUGCUCCGAGUGUGGAUUAGUGUUGGAAUCUCAUUCCAUCGACGAGACCUCAGAGUGGCGUACCUUCGCGAACGAGUCCGGCGAUAACGACCCGGUCCGUGUUGGUGGUCCCACCAACCCACUAUUGGCCGAUGGCGGGUUGUCCACCGUCAUAGCCAAGCCUAAUGGGGCAUCUGGUGAGUUCUUAUCUUCGUCGUUGGGGCGGUGGCAGAACCGUGGGUCGAAUCCGGAUCGGGGCUUGAUUCUGGCCUUCAAAACCAUCGCCACCAUGUCUGAUAGGUUGGGCCUUGUGGCAACCAUCAAGGAUCGGGCUAAUGAGAUAUAUAAGAGGGUGGAAGAUCAGAAAUCUAGUAGAGGAAGAAAUCAGGAUGCAUUAUUGGCUGCUUGCCUGUACAUUGCUUGUCGACAAGAAGACAAGCCACGCACUGUAAAGGAAAUUUGCUCUGUCGCCAAUGGAGCCUCAAAGAAGGAAAUUGGCCGAGCAAAAGAAUAUAUAGUGAAACAACUGGGACUAGAGAAGGGUCAGUCAGUGGAGAUGGGAACAAUACAUGCUGGGGACUUUAUGAGGCGCUUCUGUUCCAAUCUUGGAAUGAAUAAUCAAGCAGUCAAAGCUGCCCAAGAAGCUGUGCAAAAGUCAGAAGAAUUUGAUAUAAGGAGGAGCCCUAUAUCGAUAGCAGCAGCAGUUAUUUAUAUUAUCACUCAGCUUUCAGACGAUAAGAAGCCUCUCAAAGAUAUCUCAGUUGCUACAGGAGUAGCAGAAGGAACAAUCAGAAACUCAUACAAAGACCUUUAUCCCCAUGUAUCAAAGAUAAUACCCAACUGGUAUGCAAAGGAGGAGGAUCUCAAGAAUCUUUGCAGCCCUUGAAAUGUAGGCCGAGCGGAUUCAUCAAGAACGACGAGGAAUGUGAAUUCUACUGGAGCGCUUUUUCUUGGGUUGUAUUUUAACCGUCCAGUGUAUGAACAAUGCAGAAGGCUUAAAUUGUUUUGAGAAUUCUUUUUCAUAGUAAAUUACUAAAUUAUAUCUUUCAAUUGACGCAAUUGAGAUAUAUGCUUGAAAAAGCAUGUUUUCUGACUUUUUUUCAAUUCAAAAUAAAUUUUCACCUA